AUGCCAGAAGUAGUUUGUCUGUUAGAGAGAGAAAGUGAAAGAAAGAAACUAAGGAGUGUUAAGAUCUUGAUCGUUGCCAGCAUGUCUCUGGCGGCGGGCGGCGGCGGCGAUGACAAGAAGAGGAACGGCGGAGAGCCGAUCGACGAUAAGCUGACGUCGAGUGGCGAUGAAGGCGCCAUUACGGAUUCUGAAGAAAAUGUAGACGUUUCUGCAAUGAAAUUGAAGUGGCAUCGCUUUAAGCUAGACAACAAGAUUCCCCAAUCUGGAGCGUCUGGUUCUCAGCCUGCAGACCAGCCUACGGCUGAAGCAGCUGAAGAAGAUGAUAAGGGCGAAAUCAUCGACGACGACGUCAAGGCUGAAGAAGAUGAUAUGUCUGGUGGCGGCUCCAACAGUUAUGAUAAGACGUCUGAUGAGUCCAACUAUGAAGAGGAUGAGAUGUAUGAUAAUGACUCCAACAGUGGUGAAGAAGGAGAUGAUGAUAAUAGGGAGGAGCAGAGGGCUGAUGAAGAAGAUGAUCAUAAUGAGGAGGAGAUGUCUGGUGACCCCAACAAUAAUAAUCAAGAAGAUGAUGAGUCCAACUAUGAAGGAGAUGGGAUGUAUGAUAAUGACAACAAUGAGGAAGAAGAUGAUGAUAAUAAGGAGGAGGACAAGGCUGAUGAAGAAGAUGAUAAUGAGGAUGAAGAAGAAGAUGAUAAUAAGGCUGAAGAAGAAGAAGAUCAUAAUGAGGCUGAAGAAGAAGAAGAUCAUAAUGAGGAGGAGAUGUGUGAUGACCCCAAUAAUAAUCAAAAAAAUGAUGAGUAUGAAGAAGACGAGAUGUAUGACACCAACAAUGGUGAAGAAGAUGAUGAUAAGGAGGAGGAGAAGGCUGAUGCAGAAGAUGAUCAGAAUGAGGCUGAAGAAGAAGAUGAUAAGGAGGCUGAUGAGAUGUUUGAUGACCCCAACAAUAAUCAAGAAAAUGAUGAGUACUGGGAUGAUUAUAGGAUAUAUGAGGAAGAUGAUGAUUAUAAGGAGGAGGAGAAGGCUGAUGCAGAAGAUGACCAUAAUGAGGCUGAAGAAGAAGAUUAUAAGGAGGCUGAUGAAGAAGAGGAUCAUGAUGAGGAGGAGAAGAUGUUUGAUGACCCCAACAAUAAUCAAGAAAAUGAUGAGUACUGGGAUGAUUAUCGGAUAUAUGAGGAAGAUGAUGAUCAUAAGGAGGAGGUGAAGGCUGAUGCAGAAGAUGACCAUAAUGAGGCUGAAGAAGAAGAUGAUAAGGAGGCUGAUGAAGAAGAGGAUCAUAUUCAUGAUGAGGAGGAGAAGAUGUUUGAUGACCCCAACAAUAAUCAAGAAAAUGAUUACUGGGAUGAUUAUCGGAUAUAUGAGGAAGAUGAUGAUCAUAAGGAGGAGGAGAAGGCUGAUGCAGAAGAUGACCAUAAUGAGGCUGAAGAAGAAGAUGAUAAGGAGGCUGAUGAAGAAGAGGAUCAUGAUGAGGAGGAGAAGAUGUUUGAUGACCCCAACAAUAAUCAAGAAAAUGACGAGUACUGGGAUGAUUAUAGGAUAUAUGAGGAAGAUGAUGAUUAUAAGGAGAAGGAGAAGGCUGAUGCAGAAGAUGACCAUAAUGAGGCUGAAGAAGAAGAUGAUCAUAAUGAGGAGGAGAUGCGUGAUGAGCCCAAUCUGUACUGUGAAGAAGAUGAUAUAUAUGAUAUUGACUCCAACAAUGAUGAAGAAGAAGAGAAUAAGGAGGAGGAGAAGGCUGGUGAAGAAGAUGAUCAUGAUGAGGAGGAGAUGUGUGCUGACCCCAACAAUAAAGAAGAAAAUGAUGAGUACUACUAUGAAGAAGAUGAGCUCGAGAUGUAUGGCAAUGACUCCAACACUAAUGUUGAAGAAGAAGAUGAUAAUCAGGAGGAGGAGGAGAAGGCUGAUGAAGAAGAAGAUGAUAAAGAGGAGAAGAAGAAGGCUGCAGAAGAGGAGGAGAUUAUGUCUGGUCAAAGCUCCAUCGUCGUAGAAGAUGAUAAGGAGGAGAUCAUGUCUGGUCAUGACUCCAACACUGUGGAGGAGGCCAUGUCCAGCCACGACUCCAACGCCGUUGCAGAUGAUAAUAAGGAGGAGAAGAUCAGGAAGUCUCCUGAUUCCAACAUCACUUAUAAUGAGGAAGAUGAAAAGGCCAAGAAGAGGAAGGCUGAUAAAUAACUCCAACAUAUAUUAAUCAACAAGCCUCAUCAUAUGGAAACAAGCUUAAUACUACUGAAUUUUAGCUAGCUUAGUUACUUACACAUGGAUAUCAUUCAUGAUUCUUUGAUUGCUUACUGCUUAAUUCUUUCAUUAGUUGUUGCUAUAUGAUAUCCACUUUCUGAAACAAAUUUUCUUUUCAUUUGGUAAUAGUUUCGUGCAUUUAUUUCA